AUGGCCUCAAACUCAAGUGACUUACCCGUCCGCCUACUGCCAGAGGACGUUGUCUUGUGGCAAUCCACUCUCUUGCAGAUUGCGGUCGAAGCUGUCUUCUAUGGCAUGCAAGCCGCAGUCUUCGUCGCCGCGAUGAUCGCCUCCGCCCGCCAAGAACGCCCCACACGCUUCAUCACCACGGUCAUUGUCAUCCUCUUCCUCUCUUCCACCAUUGGCAUAGUCACGGACAUCCUGUUCUACGUCUACAACACGCCGGUGAUCAUGGACCGCGAUCCGGCUGCGAGCGAGGCAACGUUUUUGGUCCUCGUGAUACUCACGCAAAUGUGCACGCGGUAUAAUGUGCUCGUGAGCGACGCCAUUGUCGUCUGGCGAGCGUGGAUAUUGUCUCAAGAUAGUCGCCUUGCAAAGGCUGCCCUGUCCCUUUGCAUGCUAGGCAGUCUAGCCGGCGUCAUCAUCGAAUGUGUAUGGUGGGCGCGGGACAGGGCCGUCACCAAUGGCGUAGUGGUCCGCACGCUCAUCAUGGACAUUCCGCUCCUGUCAACGAACGUGGUCGCGACCGUACUAGUGGGGAUGCGAGUAUGGACCUACCGCAGAGACAUCAAGGUCCACAUCGGCCCGUGGAAGAGCAAGACGCGCGUCGAGAGGGCCUUGAUCCUGCUGUUAGAAUCGGGCUUCGUAUACUGCAUCAUAUGGAUAGCAAGCAUUGCCAUCGACAUCACUAUGGGCACCGGCAACCUGUACGCAUACCGCGCGAUCGGUAUCUCGUACCACAGCAUCGCUGGCAUCUAUCCCACCCUCAUCGCCCUCGUGGUGGCCUUACAACGCUCCGCCGCGUCCUCUGUCCUCCUCAGCACACAAGUAAGCCGCCCAUUGGCCUUCGCGGAGGCAGACAGAAGACAACAACAGCCUGGCAUGCGAGACAGCGGCGCAAACUUCCAAAACAGUGCCGUAGACGCUGACAGUUCGCCCAUUCUGCCGGCACAGGUCGCCUCCGAUAUCGAAGACGAGCAGUCAGUAGGACAAGUAACCGACAUCGCGCAGUCGAGCUCUGUCGGACCUCAGGGCCGAUGA